AUGACACUUAAUAAGAAUAAUAACCAUGCCAAUACAUCAAAUAAAAUACAAAUCUCAGGAAUUUUAUACAAGAAAAAUAUCAAUAAUAAUUCUGGCUCAAAUAGAUGGUGUAAAAGAUUUUUCGCGAUCCGCGAUGGUUACUUGUUUUAUUACCCCGAAUGCGAGAAAAAGGAUUUCGAAAAACGGAAAACCUUCAAUUUUCACCCCAAGGGAGUCAUACCAUUGGGAAGUUGCGUGAUAGAAUCCCACAAUCAAGGCCGCCGCUUCAUCAUUACCAUCAAUAGCGAAGAAUACUUGCAUCCAUUCACGUUGGCCAUGGACAAUGCCCACGAAAAUGAAAAAUGGUUGAAACAGAUACAAGAAGCCAGUCGCAUAACAUGGCACAAUUCUCAAUUAGGAGACACUCUAGUUCACGAAUUAGAAAAACAGGGUUUGUACCUUUGGAGCGAACAAGAAAAAGUUAAAGAAAAAUUACAUUACGAAAGCUUAGCCCUACAAAACGAAGUGGCCAAAAACGACGAGUUGAAAAAAUUAGCGCUCGAUUUGGAAAUUGAGAAAAAAAAUAUGGAAAAGAUGAUCGUGGAUUUGAAGGAAAAUUACGAAAAGGUCAAGAGCGAAUUGGAUUAUACAACAAAAAAGAUGGAACGAUUGGAAAAUUCAAGGCCCAAAUUGGAUCUCACGAUAAGUUCGCUUCAAAGAGAAAUCGAUACUCUUAUUCACGAGCAAAUCAAAAUAUCCUCCGAACUCAAGGAGAAGGAAAGGGAAUCCGAUAAAUUUAGCCUAGAAAAUCAAUGUCUCACAACCAUCAUACACGAACUAAAAUCGAGUCUCAGUAGUGUGGAAAGCAAAAUCGAUAAUUUGGCCAAAGAAAAAGCCCAUAACGAAUUCAUACUGCAAGAAAAUGAUAACACGUCCAUCAUUCUCAAGCAAGAAAAACAGAUGUUUAGCGACCAGGCCCAGGAACUUAUUUCGUGCCUCAAAGAACUACACCAACAAAAAUAUAUUGCUGAGCAGGAAUUAAGCGAGGAAGUAAUGGCUAGAAUAGAGACUAAACAAAAAAUAUUGUUGGCAGAAACGUCCUUAUACAAAAUAGAUUCGAUAUUCAAAACGAAACAUAUUGGAUUGAGCUAUCGUUUUCAAAAUGAUAUCCUUUCAAACGUGCAAAAACUUAAACAAUUUUUUGAGGAUUUAGACAGGCAAGCCAGACAAAACAGUAUUGGUGACCCCUUUGUUAAAGCAACAUCCAGAGCUAGAAAGGCCAUCAUAAAAAGAGCCGAAACUAUAAGAACCCUUACAUUACCUAGGAAAAGGGUUCAAAUAACCAGUGAAACGUUUACCAUACCUAAUAUAAUGCAACUACAAAACUACAAUGGUUUAUGUCAAACUAUCAAAUCAAACAUGAUUAAUUCCUGAUUAUGAUUUUUUAUAAGAAAUAUGCAAUAUCAAUUUAAGCAAAAUAUCUCUAAAUAUUUGUUUUCAAAAUAAACCCUCAAUAUUAAAUUAUAAUAGUAAUUCACACACAAUGAUUAUUAUAUUAUUAUGUACAUAAAUUUA